UAUAAAGUGAAUGAAACCUUGUCAACUUCCAGACGAUAUUAUAUAGCAUUAUUCGAAUUUCCGCAAUAAAAAAAGCAAAUUGAAGGUGAGCACAAUUUUAGGGUCGAGAUUUGAGAUUGAUGAUAAAUAUGAAAUCUUGGACAAUAGUAUGAAUUCAUUGCUUAACCUCUCUAGUUGGUUAAGGAGCGUACGGUAUAGUUGUGGCAGCCAGAGAUAACACACUGGAUCCUGAGGAUAAUUUAGUUGCGAUAAAAAAGAUUGAAAAAGCUUUCGAACAUAAAAUAUUUACAAAGAGAACUUUGAGAGAAUUGCGGCUACUGAGAUUGCUCUAACAUGAAAAUGUAAGUAUCGCUUAUAUCUAGAUUAUUGGAAUCAAUACUAUACUACUUCCAAAAUCAAGAGAAGAAUUCGAAGAUAUGUAUAAAUUAAAAUGAUUUAGUUACGUGGUUCAAGAACUGAUGGAAACAGACUUAGCGCAGAUCAUUAAGUCAGACUAAAACCUUGCGGAUGAACAUUGCCAAUUUUUCCUUUAUCAACUAUUGAGAGGUCUCAAAUACAUACAUUCUGCAAAUGUAGUCCACAGAGACUUGAAACCACGUAAUUUAUUAGUUAACAGCAAUUGCGAUCUAAAGAUUUGCGAUUUCGGAUUGGCCAGAGCCUUGAUUCCAGAUUUAAAAGUAGAAAUUCUAAUAUCGACUCUAGGCCAAAGCAGGUGUGUUGACUGAUUACGUUGCAACCAGAUGGUAUAGAGCUCCAGAAUUACUAUUAUCAUGGAGGAAUUACACAUAAAGUGUCGAUGUUUGGUCAGUUGGUUGUAUUUUCGCUGAACUGUUAAGACGAAAACCCUUCUUGCCUGGAAUGGACACCAAGAAUCAAAUAGAAUUGACAUUCGAAGUAAUAGGUACUCCAUCUGAAUAAGAAUUGAACAUGAUCCCUAAAGAAAAAUAUAGAACCAUCGCAAAGGGACUCCCUAAACGACCAGGAAAGGAUUUCAACAAAUUGUUCCCAAAUGCUUCCAAUCUUGCUAUCGAUUUAUUGAAGAGCCUACUUACCUUCGAUGCCAAGAAGAGAAUCACAGUUGAGGAUGCCUUGAAACAUCCUUAUUUAUCCGCUCUCCAUUGUCCUGAUGACGAAGUAUUUGUUUUGGUGUUAUCCUUUACAGCCCAUUGCAGUUCCUGUACAACGGAUAGAUUUCGAAUUUGAAGAGUACAACAUGACACUCCAACAACUCAAAGGUAUUUGAUUGCAAUAUUAUAGAUUGUAUUUAUGAGGAAAUAUUGAUAUACCACUUCAAAGACUUCAAGGAUGAGUAUGAAACCAAGAAGCGAAAUUCUUCAUCCAUCAUCAAUCAUAUAAUUAAAAAUGAAAACUCCAAAAUAAUUGAUCCAGAUGCUGAUGAUGAUGACAACGAUUCCGAUGAAGAACCAAUUUGAUAAAUAUAAUUAAAU